AUGACUGAUUUCUUCGAGCUUUUAAGUGCCGAAACGUAUGAAGAUUAUUUGAAGUUAGUCAAUGUAGAAGUUCAUCAAAACAUCUCGAUGUGUCAGUCUAUAGCCAAAGAUUAUCAAGUUCUUCGACUGAAAAUGGAGAAAGAGAAACACGAAGCGCAGAUCAAGUUACACGAGUCCGCGAAACAAUAUUACGACCGUCGUCGUGAGAUCAUUUGUGGGAACCCAUUGAAGCCGGAAGAAGUUGUUGGGUACACACCUAACACUGAAUGUCCCCCCAACGAGAGUUCGCAGUAUAAAAGUGGAGUUCCUUGUUUUUGGCUUCACGUCUUAAAGAACUCAGAAAUCUUCGAGGACCUCCAAGGCAAUGACGACGACUCGAUCAUUUUAACAUACCUCCAAGACAUCUCCGUCGACUAUUUCUCCGCGACGGAUGACACUUUAAAGGACGGGACUCCUACACUGAAGUACACGUACCAACUCAAUUUCUUAUUUAAAGAAAAUCCAUACCUUUUAAGUCCUACGUGUAGUCUGAAAAUCUCUUAUAAACUCGGAGAUGUCGACGGGGAGGAAGAGGAACCCACUGUUGAGACUCUCAAAGCACCAGAAUGGGUCAAAGGAAAAGACCCCCGGUAUAAAGUCAUCAAAAAAAGAGUCCCAAAAAAGGGAAAAACUCCCUCCCACGCUAAGACGGAAAGCUUCUUCGAUAUCUUUUAUACUACUCAAAUGGCUCUCUCUAAUGAUAUCAACGACGACGGGGACGUCGACGACGAGGUCUUAACUCUCCACGACAUCUUCAGAGAUUUAAUGCUCCUCGUCACGGAGGUCGUGCCAGCUGCCGUAAAUUACUUCGACGAACUGUUGAUCGGUGACGACGACGAUAUGGACGAGGAAGACGACGAAACUUUCGAUAAACAAAUGAAGGAAACCACUGAUGGAAAGCCAAAUAAUGACGACUCAAAUCAACCAGCACCUCAGGAGUGUACACACCAGUAA